GCAACAAAGGAAGAGGCCGUGAGCUACUCAAGUGUGCUAACCUAGUCAGUCACAAAGGUGUCACCUUAUUGUGUCAUUGUAUUUGGGCAUAUAUCGCACCGGCCUCUUUCUUCUUUUUUUUAAACAAAGUACCACCCCGGAGAUGGUAAAUGCGGACGCUUUUCCCGGUCACUCGGAGGCAGAAUAACGGCAAGCAUCAAAUGAAAGGUGGCCGAAGUGGAACUUGACCCAUCCAGACAAGCCAAGGAAACAUUUUCCUGCUCAUAAUGGGUUUGGGGGCUCCAGUGUAUGCAUGACUUGUGUGCGACCUGAUGAGAGGAUACUGCGGAUAGUACUUUCAUCAGGAAAAAAGGAGAUACAUCUCAGGCCCCCCACUUUGGAGGAGGGCCCGCCAGAAUGAAGAAGAUAAGCCUUAAGACCAUUCGGAAGUCCCUGAGCAUAAAGGGCAAAGAGGAGGGCGACUUUGUCAUGCUCCAGCAGCCCCCGGUCGCCACGGAGUUCUCGAAGGACGAGUCACUGUUUGGUGGCUGCUACACCAAAGACCUCUCUGUGUGUGACCUGGGUGGCGAGGAGGACAAAGGUGGCCAGAAUAAAAGCCGCUCAAAGAGCGAGAGCCUUAUGGGGUCGCUGAAGAGGAGGCUGUCCGCCAAGCAGAAGACCAAGGGCAAAGCCGGCUCCUCCGCCAUUGGCUCGGCGGACGACGAGGACUCCUUCUCCUCCUCUUCUGUGCCCAUUAGCUUCAAUGAGGUGAAAGCCCAGAGGCCGCUGAGAUCUGGGUCGCUACGGAGUCACCACUACAGCCCCUCGCCGUGGCCUCUGCGGCCAGUCAACUCUGACGACGGCUGUAUUAAGAUGGAGGUCAAAGUUAAAGCCAUGGUUCACUCUCCUAGCCCCAGCCCCAACUUAAAUGGCGUCCGAAAGGAAUUUAGCGAUUUUCAGAUGGAUGGACUCUUUCAGGACCAAGCAGAAUCCUUAAAACAGUCCCAAAAUGGCGAGCUGCAUCUCAAUAUUGAUGAUAAUGACGUGCCUGUGGUGCUGGGGUUGACGCCCCAGGACUACAUCCAAUACACAAUGCCUUUAGAUGAGGGAAUGUACCCAGAAGGGUCCCACUCCUUCUGUCUGGACAGCUCGUCUCCUAUGGAGGUGGUGGCUGAGGCUGACAACGGGUCCCCCCUGAUGGACCAGGGACACGAGGAACACGAGAUGGUUGGCGCGUUGCCUCCAGAUAUUUUUAUGGAAACCUCAGUGAAUAGUCUUCUUAUCGGUUCUGCUGGCGUCAUGCUCCAAAGCUCGAGAGGAGAGGUCCCGCCUCCUCUCUCGCCCCUCCUGCCUCCUAUGACCAGUAACGGACACAUCCCCAGGACUUUUUCAGGCUUCAGCUCUUCAGACAGCCAGGUCGCCGAGAGAGUUCGACACCACCUCAACUUUGACCCCAAUUCGGCCCCAGGUGUCAGCCGAGUGUACGACUCGGUCCAAAGCAGCGGGCCGAUGGUGGUGACCAGCCUGACCGAGGAGCUGAAGAAGCUGGCGAGGCAGGGCUGGUACUGGGGCCCCAUCACGCGCUGGGAGGCUGAGGAAAAGCUGAUCAAUUUAGCCGACGGCUCGUUUUUGGUCAGAGACAGCUCGGACGACAGGUACCUGCUCAGCCUGAGUUUCAGGUCACAGGGCAAAACACUUCACACCCGCAUCGAACACUCAAACGGACGCUUCAGCUUUUACGAGCAGCCGGACGUGGAGGGACACACGUCCAUCGUGGACCUGAUUGAACAUUCUAUUAAAGACUCUGAGAACGGUGCUUUUUGUUACUCCAGGUCUCGCUUACCAGGGUCCGCAACCUACCCCGUCAGACUAACUAACCCCGUCUCCAGGUUUAUGCAAGUGCGCUCCCUUCAGUACCUUUGUCGCUUUGUCAUUCGACAGUACACCAGGAUAGACCUGAUCCAGAAACUGCCCUUACCCAACAAGAUGAAAGAUUACCUGCAGGAGAAGCACUACUGAGGACACGCAACAGUGGUGGCAAUUUUGCACUUUUGUGUUCAGUUGAGUGUACACCAGGUUUACACACUAGUAACGCUCGGAGGUGAUUGGGUCUGUGCGGAGGGUCCGGUCCAGAGGUCAACACAACACAAUACAACACAACACACAAACCCUCACAAUGAAGUGCUGACAUGAGUUAUACAUGACAGGUGGUCCUCCGGUUAGCACUUCUGUUCUUAGACUGUCACGUAAGUCGCAUCUUGUACCUAAAUUACAUCACUCCCAUUGUACACACAACACAUAGUCAUAUAAAAUAUCUUAUGGAAAGAUUAAACACAAGAAUGAAAUGAAACCAUCAUUAAAAAAAUAAAAAAUUCAGGGAGGAUAGUUCAUAUAGUUGACACAGCAUACUAAUUCUGGUCUUCCAGACAACAAUAGACCUCUGCACUACAUAGUCAUUACUGUCACUUCCCAAGGGGCAGAUGCUAUAACAUGCUCAAGGAUAAGAUUAGACUUGCAACCAAUGAUUAUUUCUUAGUCAAUUAAUCGAGUAAUCGGUCAGGCCUUUGACAGACCAAAUCAAUAUGAACCAAACACAAACAGUUGGGUGGUUUGGUCCGUACUAGCUCAUUCAAUAGGCAAAGCUGUGUUUUAUGAAUAAGGAAUUAAAAACGAUGACGUGAAUAUCUAAAUAGUUGAUUAAUUGGAUAAACCGCAUGUGCUGUAACUAGUUCUCGAGUCGAGUGUUUACGGACCGUGUUUUUAAUGAAUUUAUAACAGUAACAGCAAAACUCCGUAACCUGAGGACCACCUGUACAUUGAAUUUCCAGGAUGGAGAAACAAAAAAAAUUCCCUUUCUACAUUAUAGAUUGAUAUAUUGUGAAAUUAAGAUCCGGUCAUUGCUUUCAGAUGGAGCAGUUGUGAGCAUCUUUGGUUAAAAAGAGAAGAGAGUUUGACAUCGGCCUGCAUUGGUUGCGUUCAACAGAUGAUUGGCAAAUGCCACGUAUUUGCUGUAGGUAUUUCCCAUCAUGAACUAAUCUGCUACCGGUGACAUGCGACACGGACCAGAGAAAGCACAAAGCUGUACAAGAAUAGACUUGAAGAUGUGAAGAGUCCUCACAAAAACAAAACAUUCAUUGUCUGUUAGGAGUGUGACAUGUCCGAGUAGCCACGGUGGUCCAGAAUGUAAGCUCUUCUUUCAACAAGAAGCUUUAAAUAUUACAGUAUAUGCAAGUCAAACGGUACUGAUGAUGCUGGACUUUCUUUUUUUUUUUUUUUUUAAAUGUCGUGCUGUUUUUGGAAACAGCAAUGUUUUUCACAGUGUGAGCUACAAUUCAUUAUUUGGGAUUCACUUUCAAAAUAAAGUCUCAGACCACACGGAUGCAAGCGUAUGCCCGAGUAGGUCUAAUUCUCAUGUCGAUAUUUGGUCUUUUAAGACCAGUGCUUCUCAACUGGUUGCACUUCAGUUACCAACUUCACUUGAACUACUCGCAUAUCUUAUUUAAUUUUUUUAUAUUUCUUAUCAAAUCAUCACUUUAGGAAAUUUAUUUUUUUCAAAUGUAAUUAAUUUCCCUUCAUAGUCAGUUCACCCUCCAUUUUUUUUCAUGUUCUUGUUCUUGUCUGUUCUGACUUUACUACCAUAAAAUUUUCACUGUAUUAUCAUUUUCUCAACCCAAUUUUCCAAAAAAAUUUCUCAUCAUUUGACAACUUUAGAAAAUAUUUUUUUUCUUUAAUAUUUCAACUUCAACUUUUUCAUAAUAUUACUUUAUUCCCACAAAUAUUUUUUUCCCUCACAACAUUAUGAAUAUAUUCUCAUAAUUUUUUUUCUCCCCAAUUUUUGCUGCUGUGGGCCCCACUUUGGACACCCCUAUUUCAAAGGUGACGCAACACUGCCUCUCUCUUUACGUCCACUCUUCUCCAACAGAUCUGCAACCCACCAGUUGAGAACCACUGCUCUUUACUAGAAGACAACAAUGUAGGCCUUUAGAUAUUAGCCCUUAAUUGGUACAAAUGAGCAUAAAAAAAUAAGGACUAUUAUAUCAUAAAAGCUUCACAACAGCCAGAGUGAAGACCUUUUGCUGUCAUUCGUACGUCGUGUUUUGAAGGCUACAACGGUCGACCUCAUCGAGUGUAGAUUUCACAGAAGGUGAAAAGUUUUCUUACGUGAACCUGAAUCUGUUUGUUGCGACGGCAGUAUUUUUUUACCCUUCACCCUGUGGACCCUGAUCCAAUGAAUGCCUUGUAAAGUGAUUUGGGCGCCACGUCAAGGUCUCGGCUUAUGACGACUCCAUUCCAGCUGCUCGGCGUCGUUAGCAACCGGAAAGGAACGAGGGUUUCGUGUCAUUCUGUAGUUUCUCCAGAGGAAAAGGGAAAAGCACAUACUUCACUACACAAGUGCUUUAUACGGAUACCUUGACAGGGAAUUGUUGUUUUCACAUUAGGUAUGCGCAUCUCUUUUGACACUAGCGUCCUUAAAAGUAUUUGGAGACAGAGUUUGGUGGACUGUGAGCGCGGAGUUGUAGUUAGCAGGAAAUGUUGGUGUCUGAGGAAGUUAACCAGGAGUUGAAUAGUGUUGCAUGUUAAAAGCCUUUUUGAAAGCUCGGAGUUGCGUGGGAAUGAAGGAUCUAGGCUAUGCUAAGCUGUGUACCGGGGUGCUUUUUUUUCCGCCAACACCGUUUUUUUUUGGGGGGGGGGUCGUUGACUUUCAGCGUCAUUUUGGAAUGUGCUUGUUUGGAUUAGAAUAUUGGAAGAAUUUUUCUUGGUUUUGCACUCGGAUACUCUGGUUUUACACCCGGCCAAGAACCGUCCCGUUGCAUGGUGGUCGUUUUUGUUGUUCUGUAUUUUGUUUGUGUGCGACAAAGAGGGAGACACCAGCAUCCUGUCCACUUGGGGGGCACAUGAAUGAGAACGAAAGACUUUUUUUUUUUAUUGAAGCGGAAACCCUUAUUCAUAAAGUGUCGAUGCUGUGAUUUUUUUUUUUUUUGUCCAUGACUUCCAUGUGUGAUUGGCCGUUCCGCACUUAAUAAGCGUCACCACUUUUCCGUGCGUCUCCAUGAAUGAAGGCGAUUGUUUUCCGACGUUUCUUUUGGAAAUGCCCUCCCCUUUCCUUGUUCUGUUGACCUCUCUCAUGUGAAUAUAUUGGUACAAGACGUUCUUUGUCGUGUGUCUACACAUUUGUGCUGCUUACAGAAAUGAUUGCCUUUCUCGCGUUAAACAGCGGGGAACUAGAAUGUCGCCAAUUUCCAUGUACACACACACACACACACAUUGACUUGUGUUGUCAUCUUGGGAGUCUCAGAGCAACACCUUUUGUUAACCGUAGUUCAGUGGAAAAGAGCAUUAGUAGUGAUUAGUCAACAUUCUAGAAGUACUAGUUGAAAGCAGUUUACAUUGGUUGUCCACUUUCCAAAGUAGACGGCCUUUUGUAAUGUUUUUUUUUUUUUUUUUUUUUAAUCAGCAGUGAUUUAUUGCACAUUUUGGAUACAGUUUAAGAGUUUUUGUAUCUGCCUACUAUAAAUUAUAAAUAAACUAUAUUCUAAAAAGUAUUUAUUUGUUUGCCAGUACUUCAUUUUCAUUGUCCUACAUUGACUUCUUUAAAAAAAAAAAACAAACAACUGGUUAGUUAAGCCCAACUUAAUCAUAUUAGGUCCUAAAGCUGUGGUGCAGCCUGCAAGAACAGCUAAGUCAAAAUACGGAAACAUUCUGUAUAAAUCCUAACAUUAGGGCAAAAUAUUAUUUUAGUCGCAUAAAGUUGAAAUAUGAAGACUUUUUUUAAUAGUCAUAAUUUGAAAUUUUCUAUGUAAUUGUUUUGAAAAAUUAAGUUAUUUUUGCAUCAUUUUCUGCAUGUAAAAAUCUUAUUGUCUAUAAAAUUUUGUGUUGACAUUUGUGUGUCUGGAAUGGAUGAAUUGGAUUUACAUUACUUUCUAAGGGAAAGUUUGCUUUGGUUAGAGUCCGUUUUGGUUAAGGUAAAAUUAAGUUAUUUUUGCAUCAUUUUCUGCAUGUAAAAAUAUUAUUGUCUAUAAAAUUUUGUGUUGACAUUUGUGUAUCAGGAAUGGAUGAAUUGCAUUUACAUUACUUUCUAUGGGAAACUUUGCUUUGGUUAGAGUCCGUUUUGGUUUAAGUCCGGCCUUCUGGAAACGAUGAAUGACAUAACCAAGGCACCUUUAUAUUGCUUUUGUUCAACUUUUUUGGCUAAUUUUUUUUUCUUAACUCGUCAAAAAGUAAACUUGGUUUCCAGGCAAGAUUAGGGGGGGGCGGCGGGGAUUUCGGCUUUGUUGUGAAAACAGACGUUAGCUUGUCGUACUGCUUUUCCUGAUCGUGAGACAUUAGUCGCCGCCGACAAUGUUUGUUUUCUUUCCUUGACAAAAUUACUGACUUGUGAGAAAAUUCCUUCCCCGAGGGUGCUCCUCGGUUUUGAAAGAGUUUACUCAGGAGAAUCCAUCCAUCGCACGUCUGCCGCCUCAGAUUAAUGAUCCGUCCCUGCCAUCUGGUGCGCCGCGUGGCGCGUCCAUUUUUCACCUCCAAACUGGGGAUGAUGUUGACAGCUUGAAUUACCCGGGAAACAUAUAUAUCGCUUUAAAUGGUCAUGCCAGGAAAACAUGGGUGGGCCUGGGCGGUAAUGAUGAAGGCAGUGUUACCUGCUGGCAACAGAUGUCUUUGACUGAAAUGUUUGAGAUGCUCAACACACACACACACACACACACACACACACUUCCUCUCUAUUUAUCAUGCAUUAGGAGUCUCUAAAGCCCAAUUAGCCUUGUUAGACAAGGGACCGCCUUCUUCAGCAUCAGGUCCCUACUGAAACAGCCACCCAUCCUGGUGAUUAUUGGGUUCCUACGGGGGUAUGUUGGAUUUAUGGUAUGCUGCUGAUGGUUUCUAUGGGGCGCUAUCACCGUCUUUCCAUUACUUUCUUAUUGUCUCCAAAAUAUAUUUCCAUCUUCCCAUGUUAAAAAUGUGUAUUUUCUAAUUAUUCGUAAUUUAUUCGUAUUUUAAUCGUAUUUAGCUGAUGUUUACGAACUCUACCGAAUGUGUGGAAGUGAUGAAUCAUGCCAGAUGUAGAAAUAUAUUCACUAACCGAGGAUCGAACCAACAACCAGCGAGCUGCCGCCUUGUGCAGAACAAGCAGACUGUUGUAGUAUUUACUGGAAUGUUAAGUGUGAAAUGAAUUUUCACCACUAGGGGGCGACAAUGGACCCAGGCUCUUUGUUUUUCAAUGGGAAAAAUGCAGCAGAAAAUACUGAAAUAUGGAAAAUGUGGUGCAAGUCCUGAUAUAUAGCAUAUGAGCACUAAGAACUAGUAUCGAUAAUAGCUCUUAUUUACCAUGAAUUGAUCGUCCGCAUUGUAAUAUUUAUAAUAUUUAUUUAUUAACGUGCCCGUCUUCACCAAGUCAAAGAAUCCCUCAAACAAAAUGGAUCCCAUAGUGAAGACUAAGAGGUUCUGUAAGGAGCCACAUGCCUAAUUACCUCAAAAUGGCGAUUCCAGAUGGCCUCAACCGCGGGUUGUCAGGGCGAUUUGGCGGCGGGGGGAGAAAAAAAAAAAAAAAAAAAAAACACACGCUGGCAAGUUUGAGGUGUGAUUGAAAAUCUGUCAAGGCGAUUCUUGAGUCUCUGAAGGACAUCACAUGGACGGCCAUGUUUCAAUAUGUCGUUAACUUCUUCUCAUUAAGACCCGCCCACCAGUUCCUUCGUAACUACGGUAUUUUUGUCUACCUAUUGUAUUGGGAUGUACGCUUCCUUGAUUAUUCCGAUUAUUCCGUUACCUGCUAGUGGUGAUGGCGGGGAGCGGUGGCUCUAAGAAUAAUCUGAGAGUGACAGUGCAGCAUCUCGUCUCCGUCGUGCGUCCAUCCAUCACACCAGCAGCGAGCGCUUGGGCAGGGCUUGGCGGUCAAAGGGCGCAGGGACGGGGCUCGGGGAACAGGUGGCCGGCAUCGGAAAAUGGACAUGGGAUCAUUCGGAAUUGGGAACCUGCCUCAUAUUUUUCCAUCAAGUACUUGGGUAAUCAGGAGGGAUGUUUUUUUCUUAGUGAUUCAUGUUUUAUAUUUAAUACAGAGUAGUGUUUCAACAUGCGGCUAUUGCUGCUUAUUGUUUCGGGCUAGUUGUCUUUGCUGUUAGAAAGCAUGAAAUUCUCGUCAUGCAAGUGAAGUGGCCACGCGUCUUGUUCAUGCGAGGCUCAAAGAUCUCAUCUCCUUAGUCGCAGCUUGAGGGGAAAGGCUGCAUUUGAUCCAGUCGCUCAGAUGUACGCUAAUUAUUGCUGCUUCACAUCACUGACUGAUAGUCAUCAAAAGCCAAAUAAAUAUUUACAGCCCUGUUGCUUGCUGGGAAUAAAUCAGGAAUCAACGCCAGUGCCAGAGUUUGCGGUGUGGAAGGCGUUUAGAAUGACCAGACACGUACACACACUGACACAAAUUAAUGGGAAUCAGGGGUGGCCAAAGUGUGGCACAGGGGCCGCAGGUUUUUUUUAAUCUUUAGAAUGACAGCAAAAAUAAAAAAAAUAUAUAUCAAAUUUGUGCAGCAUUAUGUUGAAAUAUUAAAGUUUUUUAAUAAGUUGAAAUCUUUGGAAAAUACUAAUAAUAGGCAUUUUGUUUACCUAUAUCAUAAAGCUAAGAUGCAUUAUUUUAUUGAAAUAUCUAUAUUAGCAUUUAUUAAUUCAUUCAUUUUCUACCGCUUAUCCUUACAAUGGUCGUGGGGGGUGCUGGAGCCUAUCCCAGCUGUCUUCAGGCAAGAGUCAGGGUACACCCUAGACUGGUCGCCAGCCAGCCAAUCACAGGGCACAUAUAGACAAACAACCAUUCACACUCACAUUCAUACCUAUGGACAAUUUGGAGUCGCUAAUUAACCUAGCAUGUUUUUGGAAAGGGGGAGGAAACCGGAGUCCCCGGAGAAAAGCCACACAUGCACGGGGAGAACAUGCGCCGAGGGUGGGAUUGAACUGGGUCUCCUAGCCGUGAGGCCUGCACGUCUCACUCAUGGUGUCAUCUUACAAACAACAUUUACCUCAUCACACAGCAACUUAACACCUAAAAGGUACCAUUAAUUCAUUAAUUUUCUACCGCUUAUCCUCACGAGGGUCACGGGGGUGCUGGAGCCUAUCCCAG